GAGGUCUCUGGCGAAGGCGAGGCUCUGGGGGGAGCUGGCCGGGCUUUUCGGGGUUGAGCUGCAACUAGCGGCUCCUGGCGGCUCCUGGCGGCUCCCGGCUGCUGGCAGGGAAAGGGAAGUGGCGAAGCCAGAGGCCCCCUGUGCAGCGCAGGACCGAGCCCGCCACGCAGGCGUCCGUGGCGCCGCCGCCAUUGUUGCCCGUGGCCCGGCCGGGUCCCCGCGACAGGGUCUCUUACUCAUUCCUGCAAGUUUUGAGCUCAGAAUUGUAACAGGCUGCUAACUCUACCUUGGUUCUGUUCUGGCCUUGGCUUCAGCAGCCCUUGGUAUAAUUUCUUUGUGGCUGUAGAAUGAGGCUUCAACCAGUUAGCUCAGUACUGGAGAAGUAAAGGAUACUGGCAAUCACUUCUCCUGGUCUGUAGCAAUGUUAGCCUCAAGAAGAAGGGUGACCAACUCUUCACGCUCUCAAGUUCUUUGGAUGUGGAAGCCAGACAAGGUUCAAAGUGGACACCACAAUAUCGAGAAGCAAAUUCUUACUUCAAGACUCUUGCGUGACACUGAGACCUGUCGACAGAAUUUUAGGAAUUUUCCAUACCCAGACCUGGCUGGUCCUCGAAAGGCGCUGAGUCAACUCCGAGAGCUCUGCCUUAAGUGGCUGAGACCUGAGGUUCACUCCAAGGAACAAAUCCUAGAGCUGCUGGUACUGGAGCAAUUCCUAAGCAUCCUGCCUGGGGAGGUUAGGACUUGGGUCAAGUCUCAGUGUCCAGAGAGCAGCGAGGAAGCAGUGACUCUGGUGGAAGAUUUGACUCAGAUUCUAGAAGAGGAAGCUCCUCAGAAUUCUGCCCUUUCCCAAGAGAUCCCAGAGGAAGAUUCCAAACAUGCUUUCCAGGCAGGGUGGCUCAAUGACUUGAUGACCAAAGAAUCAAUGACAUUCAAAGAUGUGGCUGUGGACAUCACUGAAGAGGACUGGGAGCUGAUGCGGCCUGUGCAGAAGGAAUUGUACAAGACUGUGACGUUGCAGAACUACUGGAACAUGGUUUCUCUGGGACUGACCGUGUACAGACCAACUGUGAUUCCCAUCUUAGAAGAACCAUGGAUGGUGAUAAAAGAAAUUUUAGAAGGCCCUAGUCCAGAAUGGAAAACUGAACCUCAAGCAUGUGCUCCAGUAAAGGAUGUUCCUAGAUUCAAGCAGGAUGGGACCCAGACCAUCAAAUUAGAGGAAUUAUAUGAUUAUGACAUAUUAGAGAGAGAACCAACAUACACCUUCAGGAAAAUUCACACAAAUGAAAGAAACUUCAGCUUGAAGUCAGAGCUUUCACAAGAAGAUCCUACAGAAGAAUAUCUUGGUAAAUAUGAUAUAUAUGGAAAUGAUUUUGGAAAGCAGGCCAACCUAAUUGUACAGUUUGAUACCCAAUCAGAUAAUAAAACUCUGUAUACUGAAAGCAAGCCAACCUUCAGUAAUGUCUCAUAUGGUAUUGUAUAUGGGAAAAUACUUCCUGGAGACAAGCCUUAUAGAUGUAAUGUGUGUGGAAAAAAAUUUAGGAAAUACCCAUCACUCCUAUCACAUCAAAAUAGCCAUGCCAAAGAGAAGUCCUAUGAAUGUGAAGAAUGUGGGAAAGCAUUUAGGCAUAUCUCAUCCCUCAUUGCACAUCAGAGAAUGCAUACGGGAGAAAAACCAUAUGAGUGCCACCAGUGUGGCAAGGCCUUCAGCCAGCGUGCACACCUUACUAUACAUCAGAGAAUCCAUACUGGAGAGAAACCCUAUAAGUGUGAUGACUGUGGAAAAGACUUUAGUCAGCGUGCACACCUUACCAUACAUCAAAGGACACAUACUGGAGAGAAACCAUAUAAAUGUUUGGAAUGCAGUAAGACCUUCAGCCAUAGUUCAUCACUGAUCAAUCAUCAGAGAGUUCAUACUGGAGAAAAACCUUACAUAUGCAAUGAAUGUGGGAAAACUUUCAGUCAGAGUACACACCUCCUUCAGCAUCAAAAAAUUCAUACUGGCAAGAAACCAUAUAAAUGCAAUGAAUGUUGGAAAGUGUUUAGCCAGAGCACUUACCUUAUUCGACAUCAGAGAAUUCACUCUGGAGAGAAGUGUUACAAAUGCAAUGAAUGUGGAAAGGCCUUUGCUCAUUCCUCAACUCUUAUACAACACCAGACUACUCACACUGGAGAGAAAUCCUAUAUAUGUACUGUGUGUGGGAAAGCCUUCAGCCAGAGUGCAAACCUUACUCAGCAUCACAGAACACACACUGGAGAGAAACCUUAUAAGUGUAGUGUGUGUGGGAAGGCAUUCAAUCAGAGUGUGCACCUUACUCAGCAUCAGAGAAUUCAUAAUGGAGAAAAGCCCUUUAAAUGCAAUAUAUGUGGGAAAGCAUAUAGACAAGGUGCAAAUCUUACUCAACAUCAGAGGAUUCAUACGGGAGAGAAACCCUAUAAGUGUAAUGAGUGUGGCAAAGCCUUUAUUUAUUCCUCAUCACUUAAUCAGCAUCAGAGAACUCACACUGGAGAGAGACCCUAUAAAUGUAAUGAAUGUAACAAAGACUUUAGCCAGAGAACAUGCCUUAUUCAACACCAGAGAAUUCACACAGGAGAGAAGCCCUAUGCAUGUCGUAUAUGUGGUAAAACCUUCACCCAGAGUACAAACCUUAUUCAGCAUCAGCGUGUUCAUACAGGUGCCAAACAUCGUAACUAAUGAAUAUGGAACCCUUCACUUUACGUUUUAUUUUGUGCUUUCCAUAUGUCAGGAACAUUGAAAAGAGAUCUGAAGAAGUGCAAUGUUAGAUACCACAGUACCAGAAAUAUCACAGUUAGUACAAUGGACAUAACCCUUUUAAAUGUAAUGUGAAACUUAGAAAGGAAGCUUCACUGACUGCUGAACCUUGGAUAUCAGGCUAAUUUAUUCCAGAAAUAUUCUGAGAGGAUAUUCAAAAACCUGUAACUCAUCAGCUCUUACUGUAUUUCAAGUACUUUUUACUGAGGCCUUAUGAAUAUAACCUGGAAUAGUGUCAAGUACAGAUGUCACCCUAGAGAGUAAUCCUAGGAUUACAGAAAAGAGAAAAGCUGCUUUUGGGCCUUUGCUUCGUCCCAGCUUUGAAGCCUUAAAAUAUGUAAAGGGUCUCCUUCCCUUAUUUAUUUCCCCCUUCCCUAUUAUAACUGCCAUAUGGAGCCAGCAGGCUUGAAGAGAAAAAGAGCUGAAAGAAUUUCAAAAUACUUCUGUAUGGUCACUGUUGAGCUACACUUGCUCUCAAGGAAAAGAAGCUUAAGGAAGGGUGAUCUGAUAAGAUAAUGAGUGUAUAUAAAACGUGCAAUUUUGGGGUUUUUUUUUGUUUUUUGGUUUUUGGUUUUUGGCUUUUUUUUGGUUUUUCAAGGUAGGGUUUCACUCUAGUCUAGGCUGGCCUGGAAUUCACUCUGAAUUCUCAGGGUGGCCUUGAACUCACAGCAAUCCUCCUACCUCUGCAUCCUGAAUGCUGGGGUUAAAGGCGUGCCCCACCACGCCCAGCAUAAACAUGUACAAAUUUAAACAGUCAAAAAUUAAACACCCCAAGCUAAGUGAAUACAGUAGCACAGACUUAGGUUUUCUUAGUUUUGACAUCCAGUGUCAUCCUAAAGGAAAAAAUAAGCCUCUUUUUUUUUUUUACCUGACUUCUAAAUUCAUAAUAUUUCCUCAUGUCUUUUACUAUAGAAAGUCCAUUUCUUUCCAGUAAAAUGCAUUUUUUGAGGGUCUGCUAUGGUCCAAUCACACACUUCUUAAAUGAAUCCUUUCAGGCUUAACAGAACUGAAAAUCACAGCUGAUUAAAGCAGUUUUGAGUAAUGGAAAAGUGAAAAUAUGAUCGUAAUUACUUUUCCAUGAGUCAAGCAUAAGAAACCUACUUAACUGAAUUGCUAAAAGUAACUUGGGUCACCCCACACCCCAAGUCACGGAAGCAGUGAAAGCAGCUAUGUAAGUCAUGUGAGAGUAAGCCAUUGAAAACAGGUUUGAGUUCAAGGCAGAGAAGGAAUUGGAAAAAUCAAGGUGAAGGAACAGGAAACAGGGCAUGUAGGUAGCUCAUACAACAUAAAAUAUAACUGGACUUGCUUUACAUAAGGAAGUAAUAGUGGCAAAAUGGAAAGGGCAAAAUUUAACCUAUUCAUAAGAACAUAGAAAUGAAAUGACUCAGUUUUAAGGGGUAAUUAGAAGCCUGGUACUCUUCACAAGUAGAAGUAGGAUACAGAGAAUGCUGAAUGUGUCAGGACAUUUUUUUUUUCCAUUGGAAAAACCAUUGUGCAGAAACUAUCAUUGAUGCAGUAACCAUUAAACAGCAUAAAAGAAAGACUGUUGGGAAUAGGUAAAAAUAUAUAUGUAUAUAUAUUUACAUAUAUGCUGUUGUAUUUAAUAUUCAUAGCAUUCCAGUCUCAGAAUGUAAAGCUGAGAUUUCAUCUUGCUCACACUUGUUUCUCCAGUGCCUUGCAUAGAGCACAUGGCCAGUACAUGUUGGUUGAAUUACUGAGUUUUAUAAAUUAGAGUUGAGUACUAAAGUUGAAUCAACAGGCAUGGAGUAAACACUGGUGGAACUGAAAAUAACUUUUGUGUGCAUGUAUCAAUGUUUAAAUUAUUUACUGGAGUAAUAACUGCUUAAAAUAGAGAAUCAGAUGUCAUAGGACAUCUUUGCACAAGGAAAUUUUCCUAAACCAAAUAAGGGAAAACAAAUUCUGGUACCAUAAAUAUCUAAGCCUGUAUUUACUAUACAGAUUCACUUAGACACUAUUAUAAACACAGCCUACAAACGGGUGCUGAAGGGAAAGGCAGGGUUCUGCCAUCUUAAAGCUAUUUUCUUGUGAGUUUCCUCAAAAGAAAUUGUCACUUUCUCUUUUCCUGACAUUUUAACCUUGACUCUGUAAUACGAUUAUUCAUCAAAUGACAGUUGAAAAAUAAAUUAUGCUCAUCCCGUA